AUGAAUUUAUUAACUACAAAUGGUGUUAAAAUAUAUAAUGUUUCAGCAGGUAAAUCAUUACCAGAAUGGUUAUCAGAAAAUAAAAGAGAAGAACUAAGAAAGAAUAAAGAAUUUAAUCAAAGAAUUGAAUUAAUUCAAGAUUUCUCAUUUGAAACAUCAUCUCAACGUGUUAGAAUUUCACAAGAUGGUCAAUAUAUUAUGGCAACUGGUAUUUAUCCACCACAAUUUAAAGUAUUUGAAUUAUCACAAUUAUCUCAAAAAGUUUCAAGAAAUUUAGAUUGUAAUGUUGUAACUUUUGAAAUGUUAUCAGAUGAUUAUUCAAAACCAGUAUUUUUAAGAGAUGAUAGAUAUAUUGAAUUUCAUGCAAAAUUUGGAUCAUAUUUUAAAACUAGAAUUCCAAAAUUAGGUAGAGAUAUGACAUAUCAUAAACCAUCAUGUGAUUUAUAUAUUACAGCAUCAGAUACAGAAGUUUAUAGAUUAAAUUUAGAAGAAGGUAGAUUUUUAGCACCAUUGACAACUCAUUUGAAUGGUGGUAUUAAUGUUAUAGCUCAAAAUCCAGUACACCAAUUGAUGAUGUUGGGUGGUGAAAAUGGUUUUAUUGAAUGUUGGGAUCCAAGGGUUAGAACAAUGGUAUCAACAAUCAACGCAGCAGCAGCAUUGCCAGAUUAUAAUAGUGCAGAUGAAGAUUCUGAACCAAUUUCAAUCACUGCAGGUAAAUUCGGACCAGACGGUUUGUUAUUGGGUUUGGGCACAUCGAAUGGCGGUGUCUUGAUGUACGAUAUUCGUUCAGCAUCGCCAUCAAUGAUAAAGAUGCACCAAUACCAAUUACCAAUUAAUUCAAUCAAUUUCCAUAUUAGUGGUGAUGGUACACAAAGAAUUAUGUCAUCAGAUGCUAAAAUCUUUAAAUCAUUCGAGAAGGAUACCGGUAAAAUUCAUAUGGUAUUGGAGCCAAAGAAUCCGAUUACCGACGUGGUGGUGACCAAUGGAUCUGGUUUAUUGUUAAUGCCAGGUAACACACAAAAGAUUCAAACUUAUUAUGUACCUGCAUUGGGUGCUGCACCACGUUGGUGUUCAUUCUUGGAUAAUUUAACAGAAGAACUCGAAGAAGAUAAACAAUUAGUAUACGAAGAUUAUAAAUUCAUUACACGUGAUGAAGUUGCUAAACUUGAUAUUGAAAAUUUAAUUGGUACUGGUUAUUUGAAGGCUUAUAUGCAUGGUUACUUCAUUCACAUUAAAUUAUAUAAUAAAGUUGUAAUGUCUAAAAAUCCAACAAAUUAUGAAGAUUUACGUAAACAACAAAUUAAAGAUAAAUUAGCUGAAAAGAAUCAAACUCGUAUUUCACUCACCAAGAAACCAACUUCUUCAUCAUCAACUACAAUUAAUAAACCAGCUGUCAAUGCCAAACUUGCUGAACGUCUCGCUGCUCAAUAUGAAAUUCAAAAACAAGAUUCUCACAAACCAAUGGAUGCUGAAAUUACACAAUCUUCUUCAUCAGAUCCAAGAUUUAAAGCAAUGUUUGAAAAUAGAGAUUUUGAACAAGAUGAAGGAAGUGAAGCUUUCUUAAGAGUAAAUCCAAGAUCUAAAAUUUCAAAAUUGGAUAAACAUAUUCAAGAUAAUUUCGAUAAAGUUGAUUUUGAUGAUGAAGAUAGUGAUGACGACAAUGAUGACGACGACGACGAUCAAGAUAAUUAUAAAAAUAAAAAUAGAAAUAGUGAUAGUGAAGAUAGUGAUGACGAUGACGAUUAUGAUGAAGAUGAUAUUAAAAUUAAAUCAAAUCCAAUUACAAAUAAAAGAAAAGAAUUACAAAAAGAACAGAUUAAAUCAAAGAAACCAAUUAAAAUGUAUGAAAUUAAAACUGGCCAUUCAUUACCAUCAUUAAAUGGUAAAGAAUCUGGAAAACAACAAAUUUUAAAGAGUGCUCCAUUCAGUGUUAGAGUGGGUAAAGAAAUAAAGAAAGCAACAGGUUUAGAUGAUAAAGAUGAAAAAGAUGGUACUAAAAUAACUAAAAAAGAUAAUGGUGAUUUAGAAAUAGCAUUCAUACCUUCAGCUUCUAAAAAGAAUUUAAAUAACAAAUCAAAGAAAGUUGUAAAAAAAAAAUAA